AUUGAUAAUUUUAAAUAUUUAUUUAAUCAAACUGGGUCCUAUUUCAAAGGACUAAAAGGGUGUUGGAGGAGACAACGAUGGCGACGGCGGGGAAGGAGCCGGAAUUACAGGAAGACGAGUUGGCAGAGUCACUCGACGAUCUCUUCUCCAGCGUCUCAUCAAUGGUUAAAUCUGAACUCCAGGGGACGAAUAAUCUGCUGGAGCUUUUGGAGAAGAUGAACCUCAGGGUUGCUGAAGAAUACAAAGGCUUUGGCGAUGUGGCAUCUGGGUUAAGGGUGUUUGUGGAGCAGCUGAAGAGCAAAGGCAGUAAUUUUGAUGAGUAUGUUCAGCAGAUUGAUGCCAUAGAGCAGCGAGUAACUGAGUUUGAAGCUGUAGUUUCUGUGCUUGAUAGAUAUGUCUCUUUGUUGGAGUCAAAAGUGCAAUCAGCUUAUCAAAAUCCACCUUCGUGAAUGGUGCUUUGGUUUUCCAUGUGAAAUGGUAUCAGCUCCUCAUUGAUGAUCAAAGCCAGUUUAUUGAUUUGUUUUCUCGUUGGUUGAUCUUGUGCCAGUUGUCAGAAUAUUUGUCUGAUUGGUUUCUAUGGCAUCUAGUGUUGUGAAUGAUCUUGGCUGUAUAUAUCUUUCUGAAUUCCUAUAAUAUAAUGGUAGAUUAGAGUUUUUGGUGUUUGAACAACCUUUUUCUUAUUAUUGCCAAAGUUCAGUGAGUGUGUUUCUGUACGUUUAAUUUCUUCAUUGACAUCUCAUACAUACCCUGCAUCUCUGUUAAGUCUACUCAGGUUUGAGAGCCAUGUUCACCAGGUUGGCCUACUUGAAUCACAGCCUAGAUCAAUGAUACAACAACGUGCCUACAUGGACAGUAAUACAAUCCGUGAAAACAU